CCAUCGAAGCAGUCUUAUGUUGUCUGUUCCUUUCAGGAAAAUAAAGCUAGGUUUAAUCGACCGUGAACGUUCUUUCCCCAAAUAAUGCUCACAUUCACGUUACACGUUUUAAAGCGAAAAUUCAACCGGGACUAAAAUGUGUAAACAUAUUUAUUUGCCGGAAUACGAAACGGACAUUUAAUCCCCGUUAACGGUCAGAUAGGUGUUAGCUCCCAAGCUAAACAUCGAGUGUAAUUUUCUUUGUACUACAACUGCUGCGUGCUAUUUACUGUACUAUUUGUACUCAUUUGAGGUGACUAAAAUGUUGCUUUGAACGUAGCACGGUAGGGGAGCAGGCUACUCCACGAAGAGGAACGCACCAGCCAUACUGUUGAGAGAGAGUUGAAUAAAAGAAUGGAUCAAGUUUACCAGACAUACAUUCACAUUGCAGCGAACGCUCCCCGUAGUUUUGACCGCAAUGAUGCAGAAACUUUGCACUCUGGUGGGGAACGUUUGAAAUCUGAUCCAGAGCUGACAAGAAAAGGGAUUAUGCUUCGACACAUCGAGGAACACCUUUUUGAAAGGAAUGCUGCUAUUGCUCCGAAGAAGAUGAAACUGAGUGAGAAGGAACAACCAGGACCAGAUUGUGUAGCCACAACUCUCAGGAACAGAGUAACUACAUUUUUGCAGGAGCAACAAUGUCCCAGCUUUGUGUUAAAGUGCAAUAUGUUUAAGCCACCUGUUGCAAGAGAGGCUCCAAUCCCCAGAUCAGAUCAAGAAUUGCUGGAAGACCAUCACCCUCUGAAGCGACGAGUGAAAGCUCUGCUGAAGCAUAUAAAUGGUCAUCCCAGUGUCUUUGUAUCAAACCACCCGGUUCCUGAUCACACGGCCAUUAGACCUCUUGCUGCACAAUUAUUUCCCAGACCACCACCUAUUGCAACGCCUCCUCCCAGUUCAAGUGUUACUUUACCAGACCAGGAGGAGAGUGACACCAACAAAGGCUUUGAAUGCUUCCUAAGCUUGCUCAACAGUGGAGUCAACAUCGAACUGCUAAGUAAGAUUGUCAACGAUGACAGCGAAGAUCUCCAUUCAGACGACGGGUCCAUGAACAUUAAGCCCAAUGAUGUCGACGCUGCCGGGGGGGAGGGGGAAGGGGAGUCGGCGGGGACUUCGCAAGAGGUUUCCCCGGUUCCCCAAAGGCGCCCCAUGGAUGAUUUUCCACUCGAGCAGUCUCGAGAUGACACUCUGCGCGCGACGUGGGACCAAGUGAUAUCAAUUGAUGGGCAGCUGGUUCGCCCGGGGAUAGAGCGGCAUUUCCCUCACUUUGCAUUAAUUAGGGACAGAUUAUACAGAGUGAGUCGUGACACUCAGACAGGAGAGGAAAUCACCCAAUUGCUGGUGCCAAAAAAUCGUCGGGAAAUGAUUUUCCAGGCGGCACAUUUCAACCCGAUGGCUGAUCACUUGGGGUAUAAUAAAACACUCAACCGGGUAAUGGCCCGUUUCUAUUGGCCGUGCAUCCGGGCAGACGUGCGCCGCUGGUGCGCAGCUUGCCCAGACUGUCAACAAGUCAACUCAGCGGCCUCUAGGGUGCCUUUGCGGCCAUUGCCACUCAAAGAAGUCCCAUUUGAGCGAAUUGUCUUGGACCUCGUCGGACCAUUUGACCCGAAGACCCAGGAAUAUAAUUUUGCGCUAGUCCUGGUGGAUUACGCAACGCACUAUCCCGAAGCAGUACCGCUGCGCUCCAUCUCUGCAAAGAGUGUCGCGCAGGCGCUGUUUCAAGUUAUCUCCCGAGUCGGAAUCCCGAAAAAGAUUCUGACUGACCAGAAAAUGUCCUUUAUGUCAGACACGUUAAAGGAGCUGUACGGAUUAUUAGGGAUCAAAUCCAUUCGGACCAGCGUUUGCCGCCCGCAGACUGAUUCGCUGAUAGAGCAGCUGAAUAGAACCUUGAAAUCCAUCAUCCUGAAGUUCGUACACAAGGACAAACCAAAUUGGCAUAAAUGGUUGGAUCCCCUGUUAUUUGCAGUGCGGGAGGUUCCUCAGUCCUCCACAGGGUUUUCCCCAUUCGAAAUGUUGUUCGUCAGGAAGCCGCGCGGGGUGCUGGACCUAGUUAAAGAAAGCUGGGAGGAAGGUCCAAGCCCCAGUAAAAAGGAAAUUCAAUACGUCAUGGACUUGAGAGCGAAACUCCACACAUUGGAGCACUUGUCACGUAAGAAUUUGCUCCGAGCACAAGAACAUCAGCAUCACCUGUAUAACAGGGGGACGCAACUCAGACAAUUUUCACCGGGAGAGAAGGUACUUGUAUUACUCCCAACGUCCAGCUCUAAAUUACUCGCCGAGUGGCAAGGACCCUUUGUGGUCUCUCGACAAGUAGGUGACGUGGAUUAUGAGGUCAGGCAGUGUGGCCGAGGCUUGGCAACACAAAUAUACCACCUCAACCUCCUAAAAAGAUGGAGGGAGGCGGAGCCUUUCUCCAUGGUAACGGCGAUAGCGGAGAGCGAGGAGCUGGGUCCGGAGGUUCCUCCCUCCCCUCUCCUCUGUGAUAAUCAUCUCACGCCGUCACAGAGAGCAGAUGUGGCCACUUUGCCGCAGCGUUUUGCUGACGUGUUCUCCCCCCUGCCAGGCCACACGAACCUCACCCAGCAUCACAUAGAGACCAGCCCAGGCGUGACGGUGAAGUCUCGGCCCUAUAGGCUACCCGAACACAAGGGAAAAGUAGUUGGGGAGGAAUUAAAGGGCGUUUUAGAUGUUCCUAUUGGCAGUGAGAACCGCGAAUGUAACAAUUACACUCUGAUACCAGUGGGAACAGAGCGGUCCACUUACGAACAGUCCUCCUGUGAGACACACUCACUGUCUGAUGACAACAAGAACAGAAAAGACAGACAAAAGUGCUCUUUAAGCCUCAGUGAUCGAUCCGAAUCUCCCCCAACAAUAGAGAACAAAAAAGAAAAAGAAAAACCGGCAGAGGUUGAUGGGAGGUGUGAACUGCUUCAGAACAUCCUAAAAACUCUGGGCUUGAACCUGGAAACCGAAGAGCUGAGCAAACUAACAGACCGAACUCAAGAGAGACUUUAUGGGAAAAGGAAUGAGAGAAGUCCAGUGGCCCCCAGCAUAGUGGAGCAUGACAGUACUAGUAGUAGUCACAGUCCCUCUCGCAUGCAGAUCUCCAACAGCAGGAACUCUAUGGAUCAUCACAGUGAAAAGUCCCUUUCCGAGUGCAGCGACUCAAGAAAGAGCAGAGAGGAACUUUCUUUAUUUUCUUACCAAGAUAAUGCACCACUACGGAGGAUUGCUGGCAACAACCAAGAUCUGCAAACCUUUGAUGAAACCCAUCAGGCACAUUCCAGCCAGGAGUGUAAUACUGUUUCAGGUUACAGUUUGCCUGAGCAUUCUCAAUUCAAUGCUUCUUUCAACGGUGACAACAAUUCUUGCUGGACACACGCUCAUGGUUCCAGUUCCAUGUUCUCUUUGCCUUACUCAUUGUAUACAGACCACUCCCACCUCUCAAUUGCUUCCGCAGACUCUGAAUUAAGUCACUAUAUCUACCACUCCCAUGAACAUGUCUAUAAGAAUCCAGACCUCUCCUUGAGCGAAUGUCAGUUUGGCUCAAACACUGGCCCAGGUUGCCUGCAAACAGUCGAACUGUCACGCCAUAGUGGUGAAUUCCAAGCUAAAAAAAAGGAAAAGCUACAAGAGAUACUAAAACAAACAAAACUGACAAGUGACCUUCCGAAGAUGAAGGAGCCUCCGCACGGCACGAAACACCAAGAGGUUGAUCAUCCAAGAAAGGCGAAACAGCCACCAACAGAAGAGGAAAUUAAAGCAAAACUGAGAAAAAAGUUGGAAGAAUUUAACCAGAAGAACAAGCCUCACACCAUUCCAAAAUCGUGACACACAAGUAAGCCACUUAUGCCAUACUGUCAUGUUUGAAACAGCAAUGGGCCUUAUGAUCUUUUGAUUGAGAAAUAUGUGACAUUUAUUAGUUGAUUUACAACAUAUUGGGUGCAAACAGGAAAGGCGCUCUUAGAUCUGCAUCAACACGACAGCAACUGUGUGAAGUUGAACUCUGGGCAAUAUUAUUUUGAUUACUAUUCAUUAUAGUGAUAUAAUAUACAGUCAAGCAUAAAAGCAUUCAUACCCAUAGCAAAUUGUGACUAAUAGUUUGAAUAAAUAGGUUCAUUAUGUCUUCUUAUUUCAAAUGUUCUCUUAGUCAGACAAUAUCAAUAAAUCAAUCAACGUUUAUUUAUACAGCCCUUAAUCACAAGUGUCUCAAAGAGAGGCACAAGCCACAACGAGAUCCCACAUCAGGGCAAGAAAAACUCCACCCAAUGGGCACAAUGGGAAACCUUGGAAGGGACCACAGAUGUGGGGACCCCCCCGGGCGACCGGUGCAAGUGAAUAUAUUUAAUAAUGUGAGAUAUUUUUGGUAUUCUAAUAUAUCGAAAAUAUUGUCUGACAACAAGAACAUUUGAAAAGUAUAACAGCUUUUGUAAUUAAAAGCUGAGACAUAUUUUUUCGUAAUGACAACUCUUUUACAUCAUCUUAUUUCCUGGGAGACACCCUUGUUGGCACCUGUUAUUGUGUUGUCAUGUAGUUUUACACUAGCUCAAACAAACUACAUUAUUAUAUAUAUGUAUAUGUGUAUAUAUUAGUGUUGUUCUGACACCAAUAUUUUGGUACUGGUACCAAAAUGUAUUUCAAUACUUUUUUAAAUAAAGUGGACCACAAAAAAUGGCAUUGUUGGCUUUAUUUUAACAAAAAAUGUUACGGUACA